GUCUGAAAAAUGCUUGCAUGCAUAUAUCAUGGAAUUUGAAACCCUGUGGAUUUUGAUUUUGGUGUUGGGUUUGAGGUGUUGUUCAUGGAAAAUAGACUAGGGAACUCCAAUGGAGUUGGAAUUUCAAAGAAAUCGAGAUCCUUGGAUCUUAAAACGCUGUAUAAAUCUAGCAUUCCGAAGGAUUCUGUUAAUAAGAGUUUGAAGCGGAAGAAUAAGCCUGAGGAAGUUGAUGAUCAGCAGAAACAGGACAAGAAGAGCAGAAAAGUUGUUUCUUUAAGUAGCUUUGAGAAAUUUGAUUGCGGUAACGGAAAAAGGGCAGAGAAGGCGUGCAAUGGUGACAAAACUUUGGACGACCUGGUCGACUCGAAGGUGGACUUGGAUGAGAAAAUGUGCAACACUAGUGGGUUGCAAGGGAUUUCGCUUGGUUUGGGAGGUAGUUUGAUUUAUGUACCUAGACGUAGGAGAGGGUUUGUUGGGAGGAGUAGGUUUGAGAAUUGCCUAGGACAAAAGUCUGUUGGGGAAUCUGUUAUUCAGGCCGAGGUGGUCGAUCUGAUACCUAAGGAGCCUGUUGAAGAAUCAUCUAGUGCUUUGGAUCAUCUCCUUAAGGUCAGAGAAAAGGGCUCUGAUGGAGAAGGUAAAGGGUCUGAUUCAGCAUCUCAGUUGAAGUUGGAAAAUGGGUAUUCCAGUCAGCCUGCUGUAAAAGAUGGUCAGUUGGUCUCUGAACAAACACAUAGUAAAAGCAGAAAAAGGAAGCCAUUGGCGCUGGAUAACAGAACUGUUGGAGAAGAGGCCAAGUUAUCAGGUGCUACUUCUGGUAGACUAUCUGAAGUAUCACGGGAAGAUGAUGAAGAAAAUCUUGAAGCUAAUGCAGCAAGAAUGCUGUGUUCGCGGUUUGAUCCAACCUGCACUGAGUUUUCUUCAAAUACUAGUGGUCCUGUUGCACCGUCAGUUGACAGAUUGCCUCCAUUAUCUUCUGGUAAGAAUUCAAAAUGUGUGUCAGAUGAUACCGAUGACAGAAUGUUGCGACCAAGGAGAAAGCAUGAGGAAAAGGGCACCGUUAGGAAAAGGCGGCACUUUUAUGAAAUUUUGUUUUCUGAUGUGGACUCGCUCUGGUUAUUAAACAAAAGAAUAAAGAUUUUUUGGCCUUUGGAUGAGAGUUGGUAUCAUGGCCUAGUGGACAAUUAUGACGAAGAAAGAAACUUGCAUCAUGUAAAGUAUGAUGAUCGUGAUGAAGAGUGGAUCAAUCUUCAGGGUGAAAGAUUCAAAAUUCUUUUGUUCCCUGCUGAAAUUCCUGGUAACAAUCAGCAAAAAAGACGCCGUUCGGGGACCAAAUCUUCUCCGAAAAUAAAAGGGAACGAUCCAACUAGCAAAAGUGAGAAGCAGAAUGCGAAGAUAGAAGAUGAUAGCUGCAUGGGAAACAUGGAAUCUGAGCCCAUCAUCACAUGGUUGGCCCGGUCUUCACAUCAUUUUAAGCCUUCCACUCUUAAGGCUGUAAAGCAAUGGCAAAAAGCUGCAAUGUUGCCAUCUAAAGGAAUCAUGAAACCGAAUGGCGAUGUUGUUGGAGACACUGUUGGACAUGACUCAAGUAGAUCCCUUAGUUCCCUUUCAUCAUAUGGAUUGGCUGGGCAGAAGAGGAAUGAUUCCUUGCUGAAAAGUUCCCGUUUUUCUAAGCAUGGCAAACUUCCUCUGGUUUAUUAUAGGAGGCGGUUUCGUAAUACAAAAAAAGGCAUUUCAGAAGACAAUAAUGUUGAGGUUUUGAGGCAGUAUCAUGUGUCAAAGAGUCCCGAUCCUGAAAUAUAUUUUUGUCCUAUUGAAAAUUCUGGGAAGGUAGUAGAGCUAUACUUACCGUGGAAUAACUCAAAGCGGUUCCGGUUAUUUCUGCGCCUUAAGGCUGUUUCUCUGAUGAGUUACUUUCUUAUAGCUGAUGUUAUUUGGCUGUCACGUGUUGCAUUACUGCUUCAUCAUGGUACAGUUGUCACUAUGUGGCCCAGGGUAUGUUUGGAGAUGCUUUUCCUGAAUAAUCGAGUUGGGUUGAGGCAUCUUAUUUUUGAAGGCUGCUUAAUGGAGGCUGUUUGGUUAAUUUUCCGGAUCUUGAGAGUAUUUGAUCAAUCUGUUGAGCAGAGAACUCUCACUGACUUGCAGUUGCCAGUAUCUUCAAUUGGUUUCAGACUUUCUUGCAUUGCACGUCUCCAGAGGCAUGUGGCAUUUGGAUUCCGCAGUUUCAGUGAAGUGAAACAUUCCAAGUGGACCUACGUGGAGCAGCAUGUCAGGAGACACUCUUUGCUAGCUAAGCAUUUACCAAUUUCAGAAUGUACAUAUGAUAACAUCAAGGCGUUUCAGAUGGGGCAGGUGCUGGAUCUAUCUGUUUCAGGCAAUUCACUGUUGUUUGAGGAUUUGCAGAAGAGAUCUAGGCACUGUGAAGAGCAUGGAGAUAGAGAAGUACAUAGUUCUCCCCAGUCAAGUGAUCUGGCUUCAAACAUCCAAGGUAGCAUCAUUUCCAGCCCUAAUCCCACUGCACUGAGAAGCACAGGGCAGAGAAGUAGAAGUUCUUUCUUUGGCUACCUCUCACAUGGUUGGUCAGAUUCAAAGGGCAGCUUUCUACACACUAAUUUUGGAAAUGGACCAAAGAAGCGACGUACCCAAGUGUCUUAUUCAUUGCCUUCUGGGGGUUCUUAUUCUAGGAACAAAGGUCCUUUGCACAAGGGUCUUCCUCACAAAAGAAUUAGAAGGUCCAGUAACAGAAAGUCUGCUGAUGUUUCCCGAGGUCCGCAGAAGGAUUUGGAGUCUAUUUCCUGUGAUGCCAAUGUGCUGAUCACUCUUGGCGAUAGAGGUUGGAGAGAACAUGGAGCUCAUAUAGUCCUAGAGCCUUUUGAUAGUAACGAAUGGAGACUCGUUGUUAAAAUCUCAGGAUCAACAAAAUACUCGUACAGGGCGCAUCAGUUUCUGCAGCCUGGGUCAACAAACAGGUUUACUCAUGCUAUGAUGUGGAAAGGAGGGAAGGAUUGGAUCUUGGAGUUUCCUGAUCGGAGCCAGUGGUCUCUUUUCAAAGAGAUGCAUGAAGAGUGCUAUGAUAGGAAUAUCCGGGCUGCUUCAGUCAGGAAUAUUCCCAUUCCUGGCAUUCGUUUCAUAGAAAAAUACGAUGACAGUACAGAAGCUCUGUUUACUCGUAAUCCUUCAAAGUAUAUUCAGCAGACUGAAGCUGACGUUGAGAUGGCUUUGGAUCCUCUCCGUGUCAUGUAUGACAUGGACACUGAUGAUGAACAGUGGCUCUUGAGAAUUCACGAGUGUUCAGAGACUGAAAAUAGUGGCUCGUGUGAGAUCACUGAAGGCCUGUUUGAGAAAGCAAUGGACAUGUUUGAGAAGGCUGCAUAUGUAAAGCAGCGUGAUGAGUUCACAUUGAAUGAAAUUGAAGAAUUGAUGACAGGAGCUGGAACCUUGGAAGUAAUGGAAAGGAUAUACGAGCAUUGGCGGACUAAGAGGAUGAGGAAAGGAAUGCCGUUAAUAAGACAUCUUCAGCCCCCGCUGUGGGAAAAAUAUCAAGGAGAGCUGAGAGAUUGGGAACUGGCAAUGAUGAGAGCAAGCAUUCCGUAUUCUUGCGGGUCUCACGAUAAACUAAGGGCGCCGCCUAUUGAGAAGCCAGCGAUGUUUGCUUUCUGUUUGAAGCCUCGAGGCUUGGAAGUUCAGCACAAGGGUUCAAAGCACAGGUCACAGAAGAAGCUCUCAGAUUAUACCCACCAUGGUACGUCAUUCGGAGAUCAUGAGGGAUUCAACUCAAAUGCAGGAAGAAGGUCCGGUGGUGGUUUUGCUUUUUCUGGGGAUGAAAGGUUUUUAUAUCUAAAUCAUGGCUACGAUUACUUGGAUGAAUCUCCAAUGCACCAAGUGUUGCCCGGGAUGUAUUUGUCUCGUGAUCCCAUCAUGGGAUAUCUCUCGACGAAUGGAAAUGGGUACGAAAAGAAUCACCAUAACAAGUUUCAGAGAAAAAACCCGAAGAAACUCGGGGCCCUUGCAUCCACAGGCGACACACAUAUAUCGCCUCUAUAUACCCACGGAAUGAACGGGAAGAGGAUGAGAAAUACCCGAUGGAAUCCGGAUUUUUCUGAAUGGCACAGUCCCAAUUUUUAUUUCUCGCAGCAGCGACUGAACCUGGAUGAAGAAAUACAUAAUUCUACUGAUAUUGACGAUUACAGACUGCGAGACGCGGCUUCUGCAGCGAAACGUGCGCGUGCAUUGGCGAAACUCAAGCGAGAACGAGCCGAGAGGUUAAGCUACAAAGCGGAUUUAGUAAUACAGAAGGCAGCAGCUGCUCUCAUGUGUGCACAGGCAACCAAAGCUUCUUCUUCCGAGUGCCAUUAACAGAGCGGAAAACCCUAAACUCUACUAGUUCCCCUUCAUCAUUCAACCAACUUCUCUAAGCAGCUCAGAUCCUUUUCCAGAGGUAAGAAAAAGAAAAAAAAACAGGGUUUCGUGGUUUUUCUUCUUUCCUCUUCCUUUGGCCUAUGUGGAGGGUUUUUGUCUCGGGUUCUCGACCAUUGUACAGAGAUUUCCACAUUCACCCUUAGCAUCCGCCGCCCCCUCGAAAUCGGCUAUAGAUAGAGCUUUAAGUAGGGUUUUUUUUUUAAAUGUUUUCUGACGCACCAAAAUAACACCUUGGGGGACAGUGUUGGAUCAAACUUGGAAGAGUGAUGAUGGGUGGGGAUGCUUUUGUGGGAACUUGGUAGUAGUAAAAAAAAAAAAAAAAAAAAAGAGGGAAUGAUCCGAAGAAGAGAUUGCAAAAAAAAAAAAAAAGAGAAAACGUUGUAAGUAAUUAUUUUUAUAGUUUAUUAUGUAAAGAGGUUUCAGAUCGGCCAA